AUGUUGAGUAAUUCAAUACAAAAGAAUAGAAAAUAUAAAGAUAUUGUUAAUAAAUUAGAGGAGGCAUAUCAAAAAGAAUAUGAUGAACAUAAUGCUUUAGCAAAGAAAUACAGCAAAGCUACCUUGAACUUGAAAAAGUACCACCAAAAGAAGCAAAAGUCAGUAUUCCCAGGUAUAUCAUCAUCUUUAACUUUAAAAGAUAGUAAAAUGCUUAAACUGCAUGAAUGUGUUCAAUUAAUGAAUGAACUUGAUGAAGAUGGAGAAGAAUUAGACAAAAAAAUAAGAGAAUUUCUAUUCCUGAUAAUUAUAAAAACAAGUAUAAAAAAUACUGAUAGUUUAAUUUCAAGAUUAGAAGCAGGAAGAAUUUUGCCAGAGUACCGUUUAAUGAGUAUAGAUAUAGUGUCAAUGUAUCCAUCGAUUACAAAAGAAAUGAUUAUACAGAGUUUAAGUGAGUAUAACACCCCUUCAGAUUUAAUAUCAUUAAUAACAUUUGUAUUGGAAAACAAUUUCUUUGCAGUUAAAGGCGAGUACUUUCGACAAAAGGAUGGAAUAUCCAUGGGCUCGGUGGUCGGCCCAAAGCUGGCAGAGAUUGUUAUGAAAAAUAUAGAUAAAACGUUGCUGAACUUAGGUGGAAUAGUUUUUCUGGCACGAACAACCAGAAGUGAAAAAAGAAUAGAAGAACUCAAAAAAAUAAAUAAGAAGUACUUGUUGAACAAUUAUCCGAAAAGAUUGCUGAGGAACUGGUAUGAUGAAUAUUCAAAAAGAAGAUUUCAAGUAAAGCAACAAAAAGAAAGUAAAAAAAAGAAAGAUUUAUUGGAAGAAGAUGGAGUGGUUUACAGGCUUCAAUGUACGUGUGGAGUACCGUAUUACUACGUUGGAGAAACGAAACGGAAACUAAAAGUGAGGAUGUCGGAACACUUGGCAGCAGUACGAAAUAAAAUUAAUACAUCCCCGGUAUUUUUGCAUUGNGCUAUUCAAAUAUUUUACGUGAUGCCAGCGGAAUGCUGGGAAGAAUUGGUGUUAUUUAAGGAUUGUAAACGCGAUGGUAACAGUGAGAAAGAUGUGUCUUUCCUUGAUGUUGAAGUGUUUUCCGCUGUGUUUACGACGGAGAAAAAUGUGUCGUCUGAAAUAUCUGCUUCUGUUCCUAUUGUACAUUCUAAUUGUCAGAAACCCUACUGA